GACAGCAGUCCGCCACACUGCGAUUGCAUCAGAAUUCAUUUCACAAAAAUCCUACUUCCCAACGCCUUCUAAAAAUUUGUCGAGUUCUUCUCUCGGGUUUACCAUGUGCUAAACCGCCCCACGCCCCAAGGACCCCGGUCCUUUUUUCACGCCAAUCAUGACAAUGACUUCCCCCCGACAGAAUGGCACGGUGUGCCCCCAAAUUCAAGCGCAUCCCCAAAAUGGAGAAAGUGGAACUGUUCCUGUGGCCGAGCCCUGGCCCCAUUGGGGCCGGCGCAAACGACGAGCUGGACCCAUUUAACCACGGCCUGCUCGCUAACGGAGACCUCAUCCAGGCAGACUAUACUGUCGACAGCAUUCAUUUCCCAGCGACAAACGACAUGUUCCCCAAACCCAACCACCCCUUCGCCCUCGACGACCUGCACCUGGCCAUGGACCUGGAGGAGCUCAUCCACCAGGGCCCUGAGCGGGAAGCCCCGCAGGCGCUCAGCAACAGCAGCAGCUUCAGCGACUUCAUGCAGACCCCCGACGCGUGCAUGGAGGACUUGUGGUACACUUCAGAUGUGGCGCAGAAAGAGAACGCAAUGAUGGACUGGGGCCUGGGCAUCGGCCUGGGCCUGCUGGACGUCAACGUGGCGGUGUGGCCGGUGAUGGCCGGCCUGGGCCUGGGCCUGGGCGGGGAGGCCCCCUGCAGCUGGGCCGAGGACAAGGCCGGCGUCGUGCUGGCCGGGGCCGCCUUCGAGGAGGCCCGCGAGCUGGACGAUCUGCUCCUCACCCUCAUGGCCUACAGCAGCAGCAACAGCGCCGCCGACGCUCCCGUGGCUGCCGCACAAGGUGUGAGCCAUCCGGAGCCGGCGUCGAUGCCCCCGCCGCUGCAAGUGCCGCUGCCCAUCCAGCCCGCCGCCCCGGCCGCACCCACCUCCCCGCCGGCCAGCAAGCCCACCAAAGCCGGCCCGCGUCGGCGCAGCGGCGGCGUUGUGAAAUCGCGCGCGCGCGGCAUGACCGAGCGGAAGCGCGACCAGAACAAGAAGGCGGCCAACCGUUACCGCAGCAAGAAGCGCCGCCAGGAGGAGGAGGCCAUGGAGGUCCAUCAGGCGUUGCUGCGCGAGCGCGACGCCCUGCUGCAGCGCCGGCAGGACCUGACCAGCCAGAUCCACAUGGCCCUCGGGCUCGUCGAGAAGCGCCUGCGCCGCGCCUAAUUUCCCUCUGUUUAUCUGAUGUAGUAUUCGAAGAAGCUGUGCUGCUGGUCGAGCGGAUCUGUUUUAUCGUCUUAUCUAUCCUUACCAAUUUUUUGCGGUGGUUUUUGCGUAUUUAUUCGUUGGUGCGGUCGGCGUUGGGUGGCCACGGAGUAAUGUUUGGUUAAUUAGUGUCCGCGUCGGUCGGUUUUUCUUUUGGGUAACUGUCGUUUUUGGCUUCGAAAUACUGUUAGCGAGCGAAUAAUAUUAUUUUGUACAGGUUUUACCUUUGGCCCUGUACGUACUGAUUAGUUGUUGAAUAAAAAUUAAUCAUGCA